AUGGAAAAGGGGUUUCUUGAUAAAGUAGAAGAUAAUGCGGCUGUGCGAAUAUGGGCUGAGACGACACAACGAGAGAAAGGCGAUAGUCUUACCAAGGGACACAUGUCAGAAUUGUGGGAUUUCACCCGUAUCAGUGUAAUCCAGAAUGACCUUCGAGAAAUGAAAGAAGUCUGGGAUCAAUGGGAUGUCGAGACCAAGCAGCUGUUCUAUUGUAACUACGGUGACCUGCCUUAUCUGCUCAGUGUCAAAGUGGACAAGUAUUUAUUUCGAGCCCUUGCUCAAUUUUGGAAUCCCGCCUAUGGUUGUUUCACUUUCGGAAAAGUGGACUUGACGCCUACUGUGGAGGAGUAUACGACCUUGCUUCGGUGCCCAAAGAUUCAAGUCGACAAGGCUUACUCUAGAGCUGCUGGGUGGGUUGCUGUCCGAAUCCAGCAGAAAGGCGAUAGUAAAUGCGUUCCUUGGAAAAGCUUGCGAAAUUUGGUGCUGGUACAUCCUUAUGUAAAGAAAAGGGUCGAUGUCUUCGCUUUAGGCAUCUACGGACUAGUGGUCUUCCCCAAAGCAUUAGGACAUAUAGACGAGGCCAUUUCUGAUCUGUUUGAUCGGCUUGGUAAAGGGGUUACUACCGUUCCGUCAAUACUGGCUGAAACUUUCAGAUCUUUGAACGCAUGCCGGAGAGCUGGAGAGGGAAGGUUCAUCGGAUGUGCCCAGCUCUUACUAGCAUGGUUUCAUAGCCACUUCUGGAAAGUAGAAAAGAUCUCUUAUCGGGUAUUCUCUGAUAGCUACUCUCCUCUAGAAGAAUUGGUGUCCACGCCAAGACGAGAUGACGUUUCAGAAGAAAAGUGGAUGGCGAUACUCCAGAAUCUCCGAGAUGAAGAUGUUGAGUGGAGGGCUUCUUGGUUAAUUCCUGAUGAGAUUUUAUACCGGUGUGGAGAUUUUGACUGGGUUCCUCUGCUCGGAAUAUGGGGAGCUAUCGGAUAUGCUCCUCUACUCGUAUCAAGACAGUUUAGAUCACGACAAUUCAUACCAGCAACACAGGGGUUGGCCCAUUGUGAAUUUUCCUAUAAGGAGGACAAUUACAAGAAAAGGGUUCGAGAAAUGUCUAAUGCCUGGAACCAGACUCGCUGA